GUAGGUUAUUAUUACUGACCACGUCAUUAGGACAUGUCAAGAUUACAACAAAAUGUUUGCUCAAUCUCCUGAAAAAGCAGUGUACUACGUAAACCUAGUGUUUGUUUUGUCACAUACUCUCCCCAGCGCGCUGGCUCCGCAAAAGUGCUUCUGGCCUUUCGCCCUUCAAACAUGGACAGUUUUAUCUGGAAAGGAGUUUGACACAUGGACACGACACUAUCUGUACUUUCGCAAUGUCCGAUUAAUGAGAGUUCAUGUUGUCUGACCAGAAGAAACUGAGAUUUAGGGAUAUAUUCUCUCUGUAUCGCUGAAUCGUUACAUAUUGCGGGAUAAACUUGUCGUGGUAAUUUCCGAUUGAGCCGAAAUGCGGCGUUUACCGUGAAUACAGUCUCCGCUAAAGCGGGAACAUUACCUUGAAUUUUCAAUCACGCUGUAAAACUGAACUUCCGCGAUACAGAUUAAAUAGAGUUUGUUGGGAGUGUGUGUGUCUGUGUGAGAGACACUGGAGGUGGUCCAUUUAGUUGAUGCCUGGGGCGUAAUUAGGCUAUUAGGACAAAUUCAUGUAGUUCCCUCCCCGUUACGUUGUUUGCAACGUUUCUGCAAAAUAUCUGGUGAUGUCUUCGCUUCUGUUAUUUUAUUAAAACACAGAAGGUGGUCUGAUCUAUUUGAGUUAUGUAAAUCAACAGCUGCUCAUAACGGCAGUCCAGACUCAGGCCAGCGGAGAGGUAGUCUGGAGAGCUUGGACGGGAACAGAGACAACUUGUAUAACGUUUUUUUUCUGCGUUUCAAAUGAGUGUUAAUUGAUGUCUGAAAGGGAGCAGCUUUAAAAUAUAGUCUACUGAUACGGUGUGAUUGGAUUUACCGACACAGAGAGAUGUCUCGUAUUAAAGAAGCGUAAAGAUGCCAUCGUGGAUCAGGCUGGCAGUUCUCCUGUCUGCGCUGACAGUCCACUGCUUUCUGGACGGGACCUGUCCACGGAGAGACCCCCCUCCCAGGGUGCUGGUUGUGUCCCCAGGCAGCGUUCUGGUCUUGGCCUGUAGUGGUCAGGUGGAGGUGAACGGGCUGGAGGUGAUGGUUAACAGGGCCAAACACACCAGCACCACCACUGGAAAUGGAAAAUACACCAGUGUCAUUACCGGAGUACACCCCACCACUGUCAGCACCACAACAGACACCACAUCUAACGGAACCACUGUCAGCACCACAACAGACACCACAUCUAACGGAACCACUGUCAGCACCACAACAAACACCACAUCUAACGGAACCCCUGUCAGCACCACAACAGACACCACAUCUAACGGAACCACUGUCAGCACCACGACAGACACCACAUCUAACGGAACCCCUGUCAGCACCACAAUAAACACCACAUCUAACGGAACCCCUGUCAGCACCACAACAGACACCACAUCUAAAGGAACUACAGUCAGUGCUAUAAAAGACGGUAGUGAUAAUGGAAUAGACACAUUUUCUACUGGAAAGGACACUAUUGUCCUUACUGUAACAGACACUCCUGUCACAGAUGAUACCGGGACAGACAGUAAGAAGAAACCCAUCAUCAGGAACAGUCGUACAGGAAACCACACUCUUACUGUUAGAGAAGUUAACAAAGGGAAUGUGGAAGAUGUAACAGAGGAGGAGCACAAAGGAGGAGGAGAGCAGAGGGAUACAGGGCGGAGUCUUUACACUGUCAAUCAACCAGGACAUACAGAUACACAGAAACUAUUUCCUCUUACUGGGACAUCGCUCCAACCAACCAGAGACAGCGGAGUGGGAGGGGCUGACACUGAGCUGCCCUCUAAUCGGUGGACUGAUGCGAUGGACAGUGAGCAUGACUAUGAGGAAGAGGAGGGGGGGGGGGUGAGGGGGCUGAGAGGGAGGUCUCAGUGGAGACUGAACGGGAGGCCGCUGAGAGGAGGAGAGGAAAGAGGAGGAGUAGUGGUGUUAGGGAGGAGAGGCGCCACUCUGACCCUGCCCUCCCUGGCGGUGGGUGACUCUGGGAACUACAGCUGCCACCGCGGGGGCAAACUGGUCUCCUCUCUGAGGGUGAGCGUGGCAGUUCCCCCAGAGAGGCCUAAGCUGUCCUGCUAUAAGAGGUCACCCAGCAGUAAGAUCCGCUGUGAUUGGACAGCCAGUCAACCGGUGACUCCUGUCCCUCAGUGCUACCUCCUCCUACGGAAAGGUCUAUCAGGGUCAUUCUCUCGUGUCAACUGUUCCUACUCCGCCCUGCUGUCUCGGUGUUGGUGUGCUAUAGGUCAUCAAGAGAAGGAGAGUAGAGAGCCACACCUGGCCUACCUGUGUGUCACCAACACUGCUGGCAACACCACCAGCCCUCUCCUAGACUUCACACCUCUGGACAUUAUUAAUCCAAACCCCCCUAGCUCAGUGGUGGUGAGGGGUGUGGAGGGGCAGGAGAGGAGACUGAGGGUGAGCUGGGCUGUUCCUCACUCCUGGAAAGAGAGAGACCGCUAUCACGAGCUGCUUUAUGAGCUCAGAUACCACAUCAUGCCACACAGAACACAGAUAAAAGGGACCACCACAGCCCGGUUCUACACUAUAACAGAUGCAUUGCCAGGAGUACAGUACCUGAUCCAACUCAGAGCUAAGGAAGAGUUUGAUGGCCACUGGAGUGAAUGGAGCACGGCUGUCUACGCCAACACCUGGACAGACCCUGUGCCAACUGCGUUCAGCGAUCUUUCUACUGUUAUGGACUACACAGACGACACAGAUUCUGGCUCUGGUAUGACAGAAGAGACAUCAGUCUCUGAGUCUAGGGGUGGUGUAGAGGUGUGGCCUCAUGUCUUGUGGGUGGUUGCUUCCUGUGUGCUGCUGUCAAUCACUCUGUUGUCCACCUACCUCUACAGACACAGGGAGAGGUUCCUGUCUAAGCUGUGGAGGUUGAGUCCCGUCUCCUCCUCUCCUGCUUGCCCCUCCCCCCCAGUCACAGCCCAGGAAGGACAUGCCCUCGUGAACUUUGACCACCCAAUCUACGGGGAACCCGUCCCACAGGAAGAAGAGAGGAAGGAGGAGGAUGAAGAGGAGGAAGAAGAGGAGAAGGGGAAAGUUAUUCGCUUUAACAACUCAAGCUAUUUUCUGGUCCAGAGCAAAUGAUAUGCCUGCUCUUAAAACAAACCCCUUACCCUCUAUCCCAGGCCCUUACCGCUAGCCCCCUGUUCCCCUAGUCCAGGCUGGAGAAGCCCUGUUAUUUCACUGUUUGGAUGUGUGUAGUAUUUUGUUCUCAUUGGGGGAAAUGAGCCAGUAGAGUAAUUAUGUAAAUAUUAAUUUGUGUGUCUAUAAAAAAAGUAUUGGGUUUUUGUAAAUCAUUUUGUCAGAAUGAAAUAAAUAGUUUUGAAUACAAA